CGGCCUUAGAGCGCCGAACCUGUACAGAGCUGGUGGGCGGAGCAUCCGGGGACCUCCUCCUCCUCCUCCCCCCGCCCUCCAGUUGCCAACAUGGCGUCUCGGCGAUCUCGCUCCGCCUCAGACCAUGACAGUGAUGAUGAUUCCUAUGAAGUACUCGAUUUAACAGAAUAUGCAAGACGGCAUCAUUGGUGGAACAGGGUGUUUGGCAGAAAUUCUGGACCUAUUGUAGAAAAGUACUCUGUAGCUACCCAGAUAGUAAUGGGCGGUGUAUCAGGCUGGUGUGCAGGAUUUCUGUUCCAGAAGGUUGGAAAACUUGCAGCAACUGCAGUAGGUGGGGGCUUUCUUUUGCUACAGAUAGCUAGUCAUAGUGGCUAUGUACAGGUUGACUGGAAAAGAGUUGAAAAAGAUGUAAAUAAAGCAAAAAAGCAGCUCAAAAAGCGAGCAAACAAGGCAGCUCCUGAAAUCAACACAUUGAUUGAAGAGUCAACAGAAUUUCUCAAACAGAACAUAGUUGUAUCUGGUGGAUUUGUCGGAGGCUUCUUGUUGGGCCUUGCGUCAUAGAGACCUCAUCAUGCUGCCUUAAGAAAUGGUGAAGAAGAAUGACAGGACAGUCUUUUAGCGAGGCAGAGGCAGUCAUGAGUCACUUGCUAAUCAUGCCUGAGCAAGAUGGACAGAUUUGCAAGACAAAUCAGAGUAUUUUGCAUUUAGGCUUUUCCUCUUUAAACUUGCAUAAACAGAGUUGCUGAAAAUCCUGUGUUCAGUAGCAUUACUGAAGGGAGGAAAAAUCAACGAGCUAGCUACCCUUUUCAUGACUUUUUAAUACUGUGUUUCCAUCAAGAAUUCAGCAUAUUUAAUAUAUUUUCUUUUGGUUCUGUAUUUUUUUUUCAAUUUUAGGAGUAUAUAUUUUUUAUUAUUUAAGUCUAUCUCAUGCUGUGGUUAUUAUGUCUAUGACUAAAUGUAUAGGAUAUUGUGCUUCAAAUGCGGGGCUAGCCAUUUUCUGUAAAAAAAAAAUCACUGCAAUAAUGUAUUAGUCUGUAAUAUCUUUUUUGCAAAUACGAAAUAAGCAGUUGUGAACCUAUUAAAGAAUGACGAUCA